CGCUCCCAGAGGCUUCUGAGCAGAGGGCGUGGUUUUGGUGUGACAUCACAGCGGUCCUGUUGACAUUGCUUUCUGCAUUAUACGCGAAGGAAGGAUGUGGGGAGCGGUGCUAAGGAGGAGCGGACUGCGCGCAUUGGUUGAGAAGUCAACAGUGCUGCAACAGAAACCCCUGCUGAAGACCCUGGGAUCAGAUCACACAGUGAACAGGAGAUGGCUGUGUGCAAAUCCAGAGAAUGCCAAGCCCAAGGAGAGUGGUGCAAGAUUAAAAGUCCCAGGACACAGACCCUCCAAUAUGGAGAGAAAAAUCCUACUAUGGGGAGGACGUUUCAAAAAAGAUGAAGAUAUUCCAGAGUUUGUCUCGUAUGAGAUGGUGGACAUGGCAAAAAAUAAAGUUCGUGUGAAGAUGUCGUACCUCAUGAUUGCACUGACUAUUAUGGGCUGCAUCGGAAUGGUUGUGUCUGGGAAGCGGGCUGCCCAUAGACAUGAAUCGCUGGCCAAUAUGAAUCUGGAGAAGAAGGCCCGUCUGAAGGAUGAUGCUAGCAAAGAACUGGUCAAACAAGAGUGAAUUAUUAACCCCCCUCUGUGUAGCAUUAGGAUUUAUACAUUAGACCCUCUUGCACUAGUAUGUAGAUACCUUUUUGUCAGUGUUAUCGCCGCACCCACCUAAGCUACUGAUGUGUAUUGGGGUCCAUGGAAACUUCAGCACUUGUGUUAAACACCUGCAUCCCCUAAUGAGGGGGUUAAUAUUUAUUGUGCCACCAAGUGGAAAGUGACUGUCGGACUAGUUACAAAAUGUAAAUCUCUUUUAAAGGGAUAGAUGUGAUUUUCUUAGAAAAGUUUGAAAUAAAAAAUCUCAUUUAA